AUGCUGGCUGGGGUGACGUUUCGCAAUCUUCGCCGGGAGGUGUGGCCGAGACCCCUGGCAGCGUUGCCUAGGUGCUUCGCCUCAGCUUCCCGCUUUGGUACGCCAGUGAAGGACUCCCGCAGCAUCAACAUGGACCUCUACGACGAGGUCUUUCGACCGCUGGGCGUGUCAGUGAUGCAGUUCGAGAAGCUUAUGAGCUUCGCCCAGAAGUGUAAGGCCAGCCCCGGCUCGCUGGUGGUGAAGGGCGGUCAGGUUCAUGGCAAAUUUGUGCUGCUGACCUACGGGGUGGCCGUUGCGCACAAGCCGACACCCACGCCGGAAGAGCGGGGCCCUGCGAUCUGCACGUACACGGGGCGCCUGACAAAACGCAGCGAGAUGUCCGAGGAAGUGCAGGCCCUCGAGGUCCCGGUGCGCGGAUCGGUGGUGGGUGGGUCCGCACUCGUGGAUGCCUCAGUCACCCAGAAGCCUUAUCCUGCCGACAUCAUUGCAGCGGCAGACACGGAGUAUCUGGAAUGGGAACUGGAUGACCUCCAGCGCAUCAUCGACGCCCCGGGCUGGCGGGCGGUGCAGGCCUGCUUCUUCCACCUGCUCUAUGUGGAGCUCCUAGGCACUCUGGACCGAGAUCGAGCCGCCAAAAUCAGGGCGGACAUGGCGCCGGACACCGGGGCCUCGGAGCACCCAAAGAAGCCUCCCUCCACCAAGCAGCUACUGCAGCUACUGUUCUUCAUCGCCGUGCCCUUUUUCGGUUUUGGCUUUGCAGACAACGCGAUCAUGAUCGUUUGCGGAGACUUCAUCGAUGCCCAGUUCGGCGUGAUGUUUGGGCUCACCACCAUGGCAUCUGCAGGCCUGGGGAACUGGGUCAGCGACACCAUCGGCCUGGGCCUGGGCGACGUCAUUGAGCGCUCCGCUCAGCGGGUGGGCCUCUCCAACGGCGGCCUCUCCCCGGCCCAGGAGCGGAUGCAGAUCGCCAAGCUGACCACGCUCGGGGGCAAGCUGAUCGGCAUCUCCCUGGGCUGCUUCGCAGGAAUGCUGCCCUUGCUCUUCCUGAAGCCGGUGAAGGUGGAGAUUGCCAAGGAAGACCUGGAGGUCUAUGAGUCCACCUUCCUGCCCAGUGGUGUGUCAACUGCUGCGUUUGUUGGGCUGAUCCAGCGGGGCCGGCGACGGCGCAAAGAUGCUGGGGCGGUGCUGGUCAAAGGCGGAGCACCUUUUCCCAAGGUGAUGCUGCUGCUGCAUGGCGAGGCUGCGGCGCUGCGCCUGGUCAGCGACCAAAAUGCAGAGGGCGACACGCUGCCGGCGCAGCAGGCUGGAGAGCCGAGCCACAAGUACCUGGGCCGCUUGGAGGCCAAGGUGCAUUCGCCACCCGGGCACAAGACCAUCACCUGCCGCGGCUCCAUUGUGAACGGAACCGCCAUCGCUGACCCUUCGCGCGUGGACGAGCCGUACCCCAACGACAUCGUGGCCAGAACCGCAGUGGAAUGGAUCGAGUGGGAGUACCAAGACCUCAUGGCGGCGAUGAAGGCGGAGGCCACUAUCCAGGCCAGCAUUGUGUCCGUGCUUUUUCACGAGAUGGUGAACUACGUGUCCCUGGACAACCCAACUCAGAGGAGUCGCCUAUACAAAAUUCUCAUGAUGGCCGUGCUGGCAGACGGCAAGGUGGACGACUCCGAACGGAAGCUGUUGAGCAAGUAUAGGGAAGACCACCGCAUCUCGGAGCAAGAGCACCUCUCGGUGUUGCAAGAGCUGGGAUGGAGUGAGGAGGGCUUCGGCCGGGGCUGGAUGAACCCAGAGAACUGCACGCAGGUCGGAAGGUUGGGCUUCCCCGCGCUUCUCAAGUUGAGCUUCUCCUUCCUACACCGAUCCGUGUGCCAGGAGCCUCCGGAAGAGCAGCCAGCGAAUCUGGCGCAGGACCCGGCGGAAGAGCUCCGCAGGGCGGUGGCUAUCCUGGAGAAACUUCUUCGCCGCAUGAGGCCGCCAGAGCCGGCAAGAGGGGCCGAGGCUGACGGAUUGGCCUGGCUGGCGGGCGUGCCCGUUUUCCGGCGCCUGGAACGGUGCGAGCUGCCCUGCGCCUGGCCCUUGCUGGCCGGGGCCUUCCAGAAGGCUUACUUUCAGCCAGGAGAAAUCCUGUUCCGCAAGGGCGAGCCUGCCGAGGCCUUCUAUGUCAUCCAGGAGGGCGAGGCGCAUGUGCUGGGUGACAACGAGGUGAUCAUUGCCGUGCUGGCAGCCGGGGACUACUUUGGCGAGGCUGCAUUGCUCUCCAACAAGGCCCGCAACGCCACGGUGCGCGCGGCUCCGCGAGAUCCCCUUUCCCCGGCUUCGCCGUACAGCGGGAAGUCAACCCCGCGCAACGGUUUGUCCGUCUUGAUGCUGGACAAGGACGACUUUGAGAAAAUGGGGUUGCGGGGCAAGCUGCGCCUGCCAAAGAGAGAGGCCAUUCAGCCGCGGGACACGACGAGCGCAAGCCGGCCCAAGCAACCGCCCACAGCGCAGCAGGUGAGCGUCGUGGUGAAGGCCAUGCGGAACAAUCAGAAGCUGGCGCCGCUCUUGGAGAACUUUGGGUCUCAGGAGCUGGACCAGAUUGCAGCGGCUGCCGCUCCACAGCAGGUGGAAAGCGGAGUGAACAUCGUCGUUCAGGGCGAUGUGACCGCCGAUUUGUUUUACAUCCUCGAAGAGGGUGAGGUCGAAAUCCUGCGGGAUAGCAAGGUCUGUGGCACGCUGGGCCCCAGUGCCAGCUUCGGGGAGCGCGCACUACUUAUGCGCGCGCCGCGGAACGCCACGGUGAAGGCGAAGGGGCCAUGCAAGCUGUUGUCAUUGAGCGCUUCAGAUCUGCGCAAAGUUACACAGGAGCGCUUGCAAAGCAAGUUUGAGUCCUGGGCAAAGAUCCUGAAGAACGUGCCGGAUCUGGAGUGCCUCGCCAGCACGGAGCGCAUUCAGAUCGCCUCCGCUUUGGUGGAGAUCAAUUACGAGGCAGACAAGACCAUCAUGAAGCAGGGAGAGGCUGCUCAUGACUUUUUCAUCCUCCUGGAGGGGAGGGUGACCGUCGUGGUGGAUGGUGUUCACAAAGGAGAGUUCCACGCGGAUGCCCAUAGUGGACUUCAUCCGCACUUUGGUGAGCAGGCGUUGCUCAAUGACACCGUGCGCAUGGCCACGGUGCGCUCAGCGACCCGUAGCACAGUGUUGGUGCUCGGAAAGGACAUCUUCCUUCGUUUCAGGGAGAUGUGGGGCGCGGAGCGUCCGAUUGCUUGGUGGGCGGACAAGCGCAACAAGAUGACCACAUACAAGCGCAGCGAGCUCAAGGUUUUGGAGCGCCUGGGGGAGGGUGCCUUCGGGGAGGUGAAUCUGGUGGAGCACGUGCCCUCGCACGCUCUCAUGGCAUUGAAGGCGCUGGACAAGUCGCAGAUUGAGUCCAGCGAGAGCUACAAGUGCGUGAUCAACGAGAAGAAUGUCAUGAGGAUGACAGACAGCAGCUUUCUGGUGCGGGGCGCAGCUUUCUACAACUUGCGGAACAGCGUGGAGUUUCUCAUGGAGGCGGCACUUGGCGGCGAGCUGCGGGACAUAUACUCGGCAGAGCAGCUGUGGGGCCAGAACGAGGUGGCGCGCUUCCACAUUGCCUGCGCUGCCAGAGGUCUGGACCACUUGCAUGCGAGGCAUAUCCUGUACAGAGACCUGAAACCAGAGAACAUGAUCUUGGACUCCCGAGGCUACGCGAAGAUCUGCGACUUUGGUUUGGCCAAGUUCGCGCUCGGCCGCGCUCACACAUUUUGUGGCACGCCCGACUACUUGGCGCCGGAGCUUGGGGACAUGGAGGGAUACACCAAGGCGGUGGACUGGUGGUCCCUGGGCAUCAUGGUCUUCGAGCUCAUGACCAGCGAUACCCCAUGGGAGACAGAUGAUCCUAUGGAGAUUGUGAAGCUGGGCCGGAAAGGACUGCAGCAGAAGAAAGUCCAAUGGCCCAGCAAGACAGGCUUUUGGAAGCAGUUCGUGCUGGACCUGUGUCAGGUGGAGCCCAAUAGCCGCCUGCCAAUGAGAAGAGGCGGCGUGAGCAAACUCGAGAAGCACGCCUGGUUUCAGCAGGACUGUCCAGGCUGCUCCCAUCAUUUCUCCUGGUCAUCGCUGGACAUGCGUGAGCUAGCGGCGCCUUUCGUGCCACGCGUGCGGCGCCAGAGCCUCAGGCGCGAGCGUUCUGUUGUGGCGAAGGGCUUUUAUGUGGAGGGAGCAAGCAGCCUUCUGGUGCCCGCACGCGCGAGGGCUGUCAGCCCACAACGCCUGACUGAGAGUUCAAGAUUUACUGAAUCCACUGUGUCGGACAAGUUCGAGGCCCUGCAACAAGAUCUGAAGCAGGCCAUAAAGCUGCUGACGUAG